ACAUUGGAACAGCAAAGGAUAAUUGAAGAGCUUGACACUGUUACAGAUCAGACUACUGGAGAGUUUGAUUUUCAUGAUAUAUCUGGAGUGCAAUCCAAAGGUCAUCCAAAUUCAAAGAAAAACUUUACAGCACUGAAUUCCUCCAGAGUCGAUCACAAUGUCCCAAGGCAUCGGUGUGUUUUGUGUAACAAGGAGAUUCUAGGUGGUCAUAUUGUAAGGCAUGCCCAGGCUCAUCAGAAAAAAGGCAGUUUUUCAUGCGUACUAUGUGGUAGGAAAUUUAGGAACAGAGGACUUAUGCAGAAACAUUUAAAAAAUCAUGUUAAGAAAAUACAGAGACAGCAAAUUGCUGUAGCUCAACAGGAGGACCAGGAAAUCUCGGUUUUGGAAGAAAUAAAUUAUUCUGAGUCUUCUAUUUCAUAUGAAAAUGGGAAUUCUGAUAGUAAGAGUUUGGAAGUCGAACCACAUACUGUUUCUACUGAUGGAAACAAAGAAGUUAUCCAUGAGCAUGUGGCUGAAUUCAUUGAAAUUCCUGUAAAUGUUUCAGAAGCUGUUAUUGAAAACAUUAUUAAAAAUGGCAAUCCAGAUACUUCUUUAAGUAAUGUUCUGGAGCCUUUACCUGAAUGUGAAGAUGAUGAUGAAGAAGAGGAAGAAGGUGAUUAUGAGGAAGAUGAUUAUGACCUAAAUCAAGAAACUUCAGUACUUCAUAAAAUCAAUGGAACUGUGUGCCACCCAAAAGACAUAUAUGCUACAGAUCAAGAAGGAAAUUUUAAGUGCCCUGCCAUUGGCUGCAUCAGGAUAUUUAAGAAAAUUGGCUUUCUAAAUAAACAUGCAAGGACUGUACAUCCAACUGACUUAAAUGUGCGACAGACAGUAAUGAAGUGGAGUAAAGGAAAAUGUAAAUUUUGUCAAAGGCAAUUUGAAGAUUCACAACAUUUUAUAGAUCACCUUAAUAGGCACAGCUAUCCAAACGUGUACUUUUGUUUGCAUUUUAAUUGCAGUGAGUCCUUUAAGCUACCAUUCCAGCUUGCUCAGCAUACAAAAAGUCACAGGAUAUUUCAAGCUCAGUGCAGUUUUCCAGAAUGCCAUGAGCUCUUUGAAGAUCUUCCUCUUCUGUAUGAACAUGAAGCUCAACACUAUCUAAGUAAAACACCAGAAUCAUCUACACAGCCAAGUGAAUCAAUUAUUUGGGAUGUUCUUCCAGACUCAAAUCCUAAUUAUCAAGAAAAAGACUCAUGUAAUAAUGACAAACAAACAAUUAGUCUGCCAGUUUGUAGUAGUAAAUUAAGGAAAGAUUAUUCAGAACCAAAGAUGUUUAUAGAAAAUAUGGGAAAGAAAACAGAUAAUUUUGCUCAGAAUGGAAAUGAGCAUUCUGAUGACACUGUUUCAGAUAUAAACUUGAUAGACCAAAAGAUGCCUAAUAUAGAGCCAAAUUCUGAAGAUAAUUGUAUCGUUAGACAUCAUUUAGUCAAUGGACAUAGUGAAAUAGAACAAACACCUUUAGUUUCAUCAGAUCCUCCUUUGAAAAUUGAUGCAAAUAGAUCCAGGACAGAAAAUGGUUCUGUUUUACCCAGUGUUGUACCACAAGAACACAGUACUCUGCCGAUAUCUCAGGCACCUUCCAAACCAAAUCUGACAAGUGAACAUACUUCGUAUGGCUUAAUUUUAACAAAGCCUUAUGUGAGACCAUUGCCUCCCAGUUACCUUGACGAACGGUACCUUAGUAUGCCAAAACGCAGAAAAUUUCUGACUGACAAAGUAGAUACCUGUUCUGAUCAAGAUAAUGUUUGUAAAAAAUCGGUGAAAAGAUGUGGUAAAUGCCUGACCACCUACUGUAAUGCAGAAGCACUUGAAGCUCACCUUGCACAAAAGAAAUGUCAGACACUUUUUGGAUUUGAUUCAGAUGAUGAAAGUGCCUGA